AAGAUGGCUGUCGAUAAUUCACUUCAGUCACUAUUGGCUACGCUUACGACAUCUAUUCAGUCCGCUACCGAAGCUCUAUCUAACCAUGAUAUUCUUCCGCCCAAGGAAGGCAUUUCACUCUUCGAUGUCAAAAAUGAACUUUUACUCUCAUACCUGCAAAAUCUUGUAUUCCUGAUUCUCUUGAAAAUUCGAGCCCAAUCGGGUAAGGAGGAGGGAGCAAACGCAUCCCUAAACCCGCAGGAUGAGGUAGUAAAGAAACUGGUCGAACUACGUGUGUACCUGGAGAAGGGCGUCCGUCCCUUGGAAAACCGCCUCAAGUAUCAAAUCGACAAAAUCAUUCGCGCAGCAGACGAUGCCGGGCGCAAACAAGCUCAGUCCGCCAAACAGGCACCCGCCAAACAAUCCAAGAAAUCUAAAGCAGACUCGGGCUCGGAUUCCGACGCCAGUGACGCUGAAUCAGACGCCGGAACGGACCAGAGCGAGGAAGACGUCGACGAAAUGACGUACGGACCCUCGGCUGCUACUUUUGCACGCGCCAAAUCCGGCGGCGAGAAGGGCCAGAGAGGAUCCUCCGCUGCCGCAUCGUCCAAGGACGGUAUCUAUCGUCCUCCCAAGAUCACGCCUGUGUCUAUGCCUACGACAGAAAGUCGCGAAGCUCGCCAGGCGCGCCGACCCGGGAAAUCCGCGACCAUGGACGAGUUUGUAGCGAGCGAGAUGUCGACAGCGCCGCUCGCUCAACCCAGUAUUGGUAGCACCAUCGUCCACGGUGGGCGUCGCAUGAAAUCCGACAAAGAACGCAGAGAGGAGGCCGAGCGUAGAGACUACGAAGAGUCCAAUUUCACUCGUCUUCCAGCACUUUCUAAGAAGGAUCUGAAGGCGAAGGGGAGGACACAGCAGGGUGCCUUUGGCGGCGAGGAGUGGAGAGGAAUUGGGGCGGGGCUGGAUCGUAUCGAGCGGUUGACGCAGAGGAAGUCGGGGGGAUCUGGAUCAUUGGCAAAGAGUCGAAAGAGGCCCAUCGAGGAUGGCCCCGUGAACAGUGGGUCAGCCAUUGGUGACGCGUUCGAGAAGCGGAGAAAAGUAGUAUCGAGGCACAGAAAGUAGAAAAUCUUGUCGCCGCCUGUGGCACACCCUGCCGAUUCCUUUUUUUUUUAGAUUUGGCGAAAUUGUAUGAUAUCUCUAAACUUUGGUUAAAUCGUGGCGGCGACGAUUCUGGAAUCGAACGAUCGACCUUUUGAUUACGUUCCUCGUGUGUAAUGGCCAAUCUCGUUGCCUCAUCGUACUGGACUCUCACAUCAGAUGCAACCCCCCCGGACAACAUUCGAAUCACUUUGCCCAUUCCACACAUACCGCCGAGAUGACCAAACUCUAUUCUUGAAGAUCCAAGUGGCAACGUCCACGCAUCCUCACUGACAACGGUCCCAUGCCGCAUCCAUACCCAUAACACAUCAACGGUCAAGCAGAACGAGCAAGGAGAUCCCGCAGGAAUUGAGUACGAAGAUUUGCGGGGCCAACAGCCAUACCUUGCGCAAAUAGAUGCAUAUGA